UCUCUUCUACCAACUCCACCUUCGUCCAACUCAACUGACCCUCAUACCACCGUCCGGGUUAUGAGCUGUCGCCUGCGCGAGUAGGUGUUCUGUUUUACAGCGAGCUGUUGCUGUUGUUGUUGCUGUUGUCGCCGCCGUCGUCGUCGUCGUCGCCGUCGUCGUCACCAGCCAAAGGACCGACAUGUACUGAUUUUACUGUAAGCUACCAGACCCAUCCACGUCAUCGACCUCGCGUUAUUCCGCUGUGGACCGGCCCGACCUGCGAACGAGAGCACGCCCGCUCCCAGGGUCGCUCUGGGCUCGAGUCGCAUUUGUUAACUAACCCUCCCCAGAGGUUGAAUCUUGCUUUACAUCGUUCACCCAUUCAUUUCGUCUCGAAGAGACUGCUUGCUCCUCUGUCCGCCCUGUUGUCAACAUGUCCUCGCCCUCAGAGCUUGCUCCCAAUGGCGAGCCAACCCUGGCAGAAGUGUGGGAGAAACUCAAGCUUGUCAUUUUCAAGGUCUGGCGCCAGACGAGCCGCCGCAUGAGAGCAACUGGCGCUUUUGUACUCUUUCUUAUUGUCUCGUUAUUGCUCUCUCUGCCUACGAUCAAGACAAUGAACGUGCCGCAAAUCUCUCUCGAAUACGCACAUUCGCCAUACAACCACUCCAAGGUCGCUCUCCUCGUAGAGAACCGACCCAAUCCCAUUCUCGCGCCCUUGAUGCUGCACUUCAUCUCCGUGGUGCCACCCGAUUGGCGCUUCCGCUUCAUGGGCUCUAUCGAGUCCGUCAAGUCCAUCAACCAGUCUGUCGCUAUUCGCGAACAAGUCGCUGCCGGCAAAUUGGACCUGACCUACAUUCCCGCCAACAUGAGCACAGCUGGUCAGGAGAUGAUCAGUCGUUAUCUAACAAACCUGUGGCUCUACGAGACGGUCUUGCAGCCUGCCGAGUGGCUCCUUGUCUUUCAAACAGACAGCAUCCUCUGCGCCAACAGUAAGAGAAACAUCAACGAUUAUCUCGAGUAUGACUGGAUCGGUGCCCCCUGGAACCCUGGCGGUCGCUGGGGUGGCAAUGGAGGGCUGUCCAUACGUCGUGUCAGCGCCAUGAUCGACAUCCUGAGAAACCAGCAGCGCGCUGACAAUUCAGAGCCCGAGGAUGUUUGGCUUGCCGAGCGCCUUGCUCACCGUCCGGGAAGCAAAGUGGCCAACGGUACUGUGUCGCUGUACUUUAGUGGCGAGAUGCACUCGGGCCAAGGGGCCACAAUCAAGGCAGGAGACGACGCAACACUCGAGGCUGCCGCUGAAGGAGAGUUGAUAUCGGGCAUUGACGACUAUCGUGAGGGCUUCUACGAGCCCAUGGGGUACCACACGGGAGGCAGCGGCCUGUGGCUUCAUGGUCCCAUAUGGGGUACUCCGAAGCUACGCAAGCAUAUUUGGGACUAUUGCCCCGAGGUCAAACUCACACUUGCCAUGGACGCCGCCAAGUAUGUGCCCGGCAACUGCAAAGCAAACUGGAAGAGAGACCUUGAGGGCGUGCUUGAGGCGGAAAGUGAUGAUCAGUCAGAAGCUGGUGAGGAAGCGGGAGAUUCACUGUACCCCUUUGGAACAGAGAUCAUUGAGGGGAGGGAGUAUCCCAAACUACCGCCCUCUCUGGUGGCAUGGUGAUGAACGAUCAGCGGUCAAAAAUCCUCUCUUUUGAGCCUGCACCAUGCGAUGGUCCCGGAACGGAAUGGACAUGACGAGCGGAGUUUGUUGCAUCACAGGCACUUGGUGGCAUAUAAUUCGAUUUGGCGUUUGGGGAUUACAUUGGUGCAGUGCUUGAGUGGAUUCAAACGAGAACGGUAGCUCAAGUGGCUAGUCAGUCUGGGCAUGAGCCAUGUAUGAAUUUGAAGUAAUUAUUGUUGAGACACCCACAACUCUAUAUGAAGCAGUAGUUUGAACAUUCGAAGCAG